GACCGCCGCAUCCGUGAUCCAUCUACUCCUCUUCCCUUCUUAUCUGCUACAGCAAUAAAUCUCCCGAGGCAAUUUUGGCGUGCUUUACUUACCUGCUUCCUAUUUUUCCUUUUCCGCGACAAAAUCCUUUUUGUUAAUUGCGAAAACGAAAGAGCCCGUGUGAACUGUAUGGGUGAGGAAAAGAGGAAAAAAGAGAGAUAAAUUGGAGGCCAUUAGCAAGAAACCAUGAGUUCUAGGUUCGCAAUCCCUAGUCCUGACCUCACUUGAGCGCUCGUGAGCUCUCUCCAGUGGCUAAAGAUUGCAGAUUUGAGUUCUAGUCCAAGAAAAGGGUGGUGGUCCGCCAUGGAGGUGAGGUCCGAGCAAGGGCUGAUGGCAGGGAGGGAUCUAUUCGGCAUGCCGAAGAGCCCGCCGGCGCCGGUGCCUGGGCCGCCGGCGUCCGCGGCCAUGCAGAGCGUGCGCAUGGCGUACACUGCGGACGGCACCGCUGUGUACGCUCCGGUGAGCUCCUCGGCCGCGACGCCGUCUUACCAGCCGCAGGGCCCAGCCCACGGCACUAGCAUGUCUGCGGCGACGGUCGUUGGUGGCAAUGGCGCGUCAGCUGUGCCUGGCAUGGGGGAGCCGGUGGCCAAGAAGAAGCGCGGGCGACCAAGAAAGUACGGGCCCGACGGGUCCAUGGCGCUGGCAUUGGUGCCUGCGUCGGCGGCUACGGGAUCACCGGCUACAGGGUCACCAGCGACAGGGCAGGGUUCUUCCGGGCCGUUCUCACCGGCUGGGUUAAAUCCGGCGAGCUCUCUGCUAGUGGUGUCGCCAGAUGGAUUUAAGAAGCGGGGCCGGCCUAAGGGUUCUACCAACAAGCCGCGCGUGGAUGCUGCUGGGUCAUCAGGAGCUGGAUUUACACCUCAUGUUAUUACAGUUCAAGCUGGGGAGGAUGUGUCAUCAAAGAUUAUGUCAUUUUCUCAGCAUGGAACGCGUGCAAUUUGUGUUCUUUCAGCAAAUGGUGCCAUAUCAAAUGUGACGCUUCGUCAGACUGCUACAUCAGGUGGAACUGUAACAUACGAGGGUCGAUUUGAGAUACUAUCACUGUCAGGCUCAUUCCUCCUGGUGGAGAAUGGUGGUCAGCGUAGUCGAACUGGAGGACUCAGUGUGUCCCUGGCUGGUCCUGAUGGUCGUCUGUUGGGUGGUGGAGUUGCGGGACUUCUCAUAGCAGCUUCACCAGUUCAGAUAGUACUGGGAAGCUUCAAUUCUGGAGGCAAAAAAGAGUCAAAAAAGCAUGCUCCUUCAGAACCCACAUCAGUGCCACUGAAGGUCGCUCCGACCACCGGGAUGGGACCCAACAGCCCUCCUUCAAGAGGUACAUUGAGCGAGUUAUCUGGUGGCACUGGAAGCCCACCACCACUGCAUCAAGGCAUGGCUGCUAGCAAUAAUAACCAACCGCCGUUCCUGUCUAGCAUGCCUUGGAAAUGAGUUUGCAUCCUCUUGACCAAUUCCAGGCAUAUACCAUUAUGAGCGAACUGCCUCCCGGUCAGGAAUGCAGGAUGUAGCAAUUUGCGGUUCAGUAGCGCUCGUUCUCUGAGUAGCUCUUAUGUAGUAUAAAUCAGAAGCUUGGGUAGGAAGAGAAUUGCAUCUGGUAAAUUUGUAGCUCCUAUUGUAGGUUUCACCCUGAAUUCCUGUGCUAGGUGUAUUGAGCUGUAACCAUGUGAUCCUUUGAGCGUUAUCAAAUGUUAUUUAGUUAAAUGUUCUACCAAGGCAUGUGGAUUUGAAUCAGAAGUUUCUUAUAUGAAUUUGUUGUUUGCGCCUGACCA